UUCUUCAUCAAGCAGCCGAAGGGAGGCAAAGUUGGAACGAAAGGGAAGAAGCAGAUUUUUGAAGAGAACAAGGAGACCUUGACGUUCUACUUGCGAAUUAUUCUGGGAGCGAAUGCCAUUUACGGUGCAGUGAACCUCUUCCUGUUCUACAAUUCGGUCACAUUCUGGACCUGGGGGUUCUUGGCUUUUGCGUUUGUCGUUUACAGUUUCAGCUUCCGAUGGAUGCAAGGAAUGGCACAGCCUGUGUUUUCUGAGGAGCGUGUCCUACUCGAUGGAGGAAUCGACCUGAACAUGGAGCAGGGUAUGGCAGAGCAUCUGAAGGAUGUUAUCUUACUCACUGCCAUCCUGCAAGUCCUCAGCUGUAUAUCCAUGUACUUUUGGUAUCUGUGGCUCCUGGCACCAGGGAGGGCUCUGUACUUGCUGUGGGUGAACAUCCUGGGACCUUGGUUUACAGCGGAGCCACCCAGUAAUCCAGAGAUAUCAGAGAAGAAACACAGGCGCCAGGAACGCCGACAGAUGAGAAAGCAGCAGCAGUAGGAGGAGUUGCUUCCAGGUCUUUGUUUACCGAUCGAUUCCAAGAAGCUGUGCGCUGAGAUCAUAGCCAUUGCCCCACCUCCCUCGCCAAGGUUUCCCAGCUACCUCAGGCAUCCAGAGGCAGAGGCCUAUCUGUCCUGAGGGAACGCGCUCACAGUUUCUCAGUGGUGGGCCCCGUAUUUCCCGUUGCUGUGUAAUUAUUCCAAGGCUUAAAAAAAAAACUCGCUGGACAUUCUCCUCCGUGCUUCUGCGCCUCAGGUUGAUUGGUGCUUGGCUGCUUCUAGCUUUAGGUACCUCCUUCCCCCCCCGCCCCCCCAACCUCCACAGGUCAGCACCACUGAGCCAGUGGGUGGAGUAAUGUACUGAGAUUUGUGUGGAACCAAACCGGCUUAGCCAUGUCUCACUACCUCAGCUUUCAGUUUGCGUGUCCGUAUUUGUUCCGAGCAGCGGCUUUCUUCGGAGAUCGGCUCUUCCGACGUUGGCCAUCUUAUGCCACCUGCCUGCUGAGUGACCCUCAUCAGUGAACCUCAGCUGACCGAGACGGAGGGAAUGGAUCGCGCUCGGGUUGGACCCUGACCUGCCCUUGUGACUUUCCACUGCAGGAACCUGAGUAUGGAGCCACUGCAGCCAUUUUGGAGCACGUCUCCCGCUGUCCUGUCUGAGUUCUGAUAAUACGGCCUAGAGCCUGGGCGUGAGGAUCAGAGCCUUCGGUUCCAGCGACUGGGAACUCCAGUUCGGAACAGUCCAGGAAACUCCUUGUGCUUUGUGUCCCAGCAUGUUUGUCGAAACAUUCAAAGCUUUGGGCAGUAGCCUAUCGAUCUGAUCCCAUGUAUGCCCAUGACCUUCCCAAGAAAACACUGGAGGUGAUUGGCCAAGAUCCUUGGGACAAGGAUUGGUGAGACACACACGACCAGGUGCAGGGGGCCUCUCUCUGACCAAUGCCAGAUCCCUCCCUCCCCUGUGGGACUGCACAACUCCAACCUCUUGCCCGCUGUUUCAAUCAUGCUCUGAGUGGAACGUUGGCCUGGCGGGGAGAUCAUUCAGCGAGAUCAUGGUUCAUCGAAAUCUCAGCUUGCAUUGUCUCUGUAUUGCUUGCUGCCCUCAGUGAGCCAAAAUCUAUUGAGUUCAGAUUUAAACAUUAAGCUAGCUUCUGCUUUGGGAGAGGAAAGCCAAUAUGUUUCUCUUCUGAAUAGCCUGUCUGAUUUUUGUUUAUCUUUAUUAUUAAAGAUGACUUGCCCAUAUCCUGGACUCUCCUAGUAUGGAAAAAUGAUUCCUCUUCCACUGUUGCCCGCACCCCAUCCUAUUCCAGGGCAUGCACGUUGGGAAUAUUUUAAUGAAAUGGAGCAGGGUGCUCCCCCCCCACCACCCAGGGUCAGUAUUCAGAUCUUUCUCUCUUUUUGAAGGAUCUCUUGUUUUCAUCUCUGCCCCUCAGUUGUGGCUGUCAGUAUUGUGCCGCCCUCUCGCCCGGAAGUUUGUUCGGCAUCAGGGCCUUGAGCGGAGGGUGAUAUUCCAGGGUAGUACUGAGGGGAUGCUGCGUUGCCAGCAGUGCUGUCUUUCAGGGGUGUGACACAUAACCAAGGCUCCAUCGGCCAACCUCUUUGCCGUGGCAAUUCUCAGGCAUCGGGCAGUUAUCCUGAUCGAUAUCUAUACCUCAACUGACGUCAUGAACGAUUCAUCACAACCUCACCAGAUUAGCUGGUCGUUCUCUCAUUGCCGUUUGCUUGUGAGCUCCUGCUGUACAUAAACAGGCUGCUGUAGCUCCCUACACUGCCCCGCGAGCGUUCUUCACACAGUAACCCUCAUCGGGAUGUCCUGAGGACCUGGAAAGUGCAAUAAACCUGACAUGUGAAUGCGCUCCUGUCAAGCGAGCUGAGUCUUAAUAUCGCUGCGACAUCAUCCGCACCGGUGAGAAAAUGCUACUCCACGUGGCCAAGGUAGGUCGGCUUUGUGCAUUAAGCUGCACAAGGGCCUGCAGUGUUUUACGCUUGGGGGAGAACAUCGGUGGGAGCAGGCUUACUCCAAGGACUGAACAAUUUCACAUCUUAAUGUUUCAGCGUCUUCCCUGCAGGAGGUGAGGGCAGGACAUGAAUAAGUGGCAAGUGCGCGAUGGCCUACACAGAUCAACAGUCAAGCCUCAAAGACUUUGAUCUUCUCCACUUACUGUAUUGUAUCAGUGACAAAUAAUUGUAUUUAAUUUUAUUAAUCUAUAAGAAACAAUCAGUUUACACAAGAUCAAAUGAAUAUUGAAUAAAUAUUGUAUGACAUA